CUGAUAACUCAAAUAUUUCUUACUCGACGAGUCUCAUAAACAAAUAUCCGGAUGUUGAUAGAGUCAAACGUAAAAUGUUUCCGGAUAACCAAAAAAUUAAAAAGAUAUUUUUAAGGUUCCGACAAGCAGCAGGGAAACCCCGGAUAGGAUUUACGUCAUUGACGAAGUGCAGGAGGAAAUACCUCGGGAAAUACGUAUAGAAGACCAUAACCAGCAAUUCCAUGUUACUGCCGAUGGAAUAAGUAAAAGAGAAAUUGUUAAACCAGUUUUAAAAAUAACUAAAAAAAGAGUCCGGAAACCUGAUAAUUGGAAACGAAAUAAAGCGGCAAAGUUAAGACAACAAGGUAAAGAAUAUAUUUCUCAAAAGACUGGUAAAGUGAUGGAAGCAAAAACAAUUAAAAGAGAUUUUCUGUGUAAAGAAAAAUGUAGAAUAAACUGUACUGAGAAAUUUAGUAUUGCAAGCAGAGAAGAAAUUCUAAGAAAACUUUAUAAGCUAGAUACAAAUUCCAAAAAUAUUUUAAUUUUUAAAAGUAUUAAGAUGCAGGAAGUUAAUCGUCACCGCCCUCGUAAAAAUAUAAAAACGAAAGCUUACAGCUUUAAAUAUUUUAUUACGUGUGAUAAAGAAAAUACACUAGUGUGUAAAGAUGCUUUCUGCUCUUUAUACCGAAUUGGACGAAAAAAAGUCUUUAAAGCUCAAAAUGACUUAAAAUCUGGCCAGGUAAUGCCCUCACCACAUAAGCAAGGGCAUCACAAAAAUCCAAAAAAAAUAUCCGAUGAAGUAAUAAACUGCAUUGAAAAUUAUAUCAAGCAGUUUCCUUCAGAAGAAUCACAUUAUUCCAGGACUAAAAACCCACAUAAAAAAUACCUUUCCCCUUUACUAAAUAUUAACCGACUUCAUCAACUGUAUAUAGAGGAUUGUCAAACAAAAAAGCUCGAAACUAAAUAUUUCGUAAAGGCCUCUUUUUACAGACAUAUAUUUGAAACAAGGUUUAACUUAUCUUUUGGUGUACCAAAAAGUGAUACUUGCAGUUUAUGCGAUGCUGGAGAGAACUCUUUAGAGCACUCGAAUAAUUUUCAACUUGCUUUUGCGCAGCAGAAAGUUGACCGCGAAGCAGUAAAAAUGUCCAAAGAAAAAUGUUACAUAACAAUGGAUCUUCAACAAACGAUGCCUUUGCCAAAGCUAUCAACGUCAAAAUCUUUUUAUUUAAGACAAAUGUGGCUAUACAACUUUGGAGUCCACUGUUUAACCAGUUCUGGUCAUAAGUCCUAUUUUUUUACAUGGACUGAGGAUAUUGCCAAUAGGGGAAGUAAUGAAAUAGCAAGUUGUUUGCUACGAUUUUGUCUGCUUCUUAAAGAAGAAAAUCCCCAAAUUGAUCAUUUAAUAAUUUAG